UUCGAACCGGACUCCCUCCCCACCUCUGUUCGAACCAAAAUAGUCCCUCUUCCAGCCCUAGCGGCGCCGCGGCCACGUUGAACCGGCGGAAGCAAUCGCAGGACCCUGGCUAGCCGCGGAAGUCGUCGAUGUAGAAGAUACCCUGGGAGAGCGACAGGUUCAUGGGCUCCCCGUCCAUUCGCCGCGCCGAGGAAAAGCGCCCAGCUCGUCGAUCUCGAUGACGGUAUCGAGUCGCAAUGAGCUCUGUGAGCAAUUACCCCGUUGGGCCACAAGGCCACACCCGAGCGGAUGCCGCUGCAGAAUGCCGGAGGCAAUGGCGGAGGCUUUGCCGACUGCUUCUGAGUUCUGACACAGUCUCUCCAGUUCAGGGAGGCCGUCCUCUGUGACCCUUCAACAGGUUCUGUCAUUUCCUUCGAAAGAACAAGGAAAAUUGCAGUGAUAUUCAAUUGAACCCAACUUAUUUAGUAUAUGCCUAACUUUCCCCCAGAAAUUUUAAAAACAUAUACUUCUGGGAAUGAUGUUGUAGAAGUGUGUAACUUUGACAGUUCGUUGAGAAUGAAUUAAAUGUUCAUACACGUACAUGGCCCUUCCGGUUUGACGUCCAAGGGUACAGAGGUGGACUCCCAGCCUUGCUCUACCGACCGGAGACAUGGACCAAGGUGAGCAAUAUAAUCUUUAUUGAUAGUCCUGUUGGGUCUGGGUUCUCGUACGGCACAUUGGAGGAAGGGUUCAUAUCUAGUGAUACCACGGCAGUUAAAAGGCUAGUCGUCUUUCUCAAAAAGUGGUUACGUGGACACCCCCAGUUCCUCUCAAAUUCACUUUAUGUUGGCGGUGAAUCAUAUUGUGGUAUGAUCAUACCCACUCUUGCCCUGGAAAUACACAUAUCAAAUAAAGAAUCUGGCGAAGAACCACUUCUUAACCUCAAGGGGUACUUUGCCGGGAAUCCAGUGACUGACGACAGGUUUGACACCGCUGGUAAAGUCCAAUUUUUUCAUGGCAUGGGAUUGCUAUCGGACGAACUUUACGAGUUUGCCAUGGAGAACUGCGGAGGAAAUUAUAGUGAUCCACCCAAUGUGUUAUGCGCCGAGUCCAUCCAAGCUAUUGCCGAUUGCACAAAAGAUAUCAACUUGUCCCACAUCCUGGAACCCAAAUGCGAGGCAAUAUGGAGCCCCAGGAUUCAGCAAGCAGCUGCAAGAAAUGGAACAAGUGGGCUCACAGUGCAGUACUCCGCUGGUGAUGAUCUCCUGUUUCCCUUCAAGUGUAGAAGCGAUGCCCAACAGCUAUCUUAUAUCUGGGCAAAUGAUGAGGGAGUAAGGGAGAGUCUUGGCGUUCGCAAGGGAACAAAGGGGGAAUGGAAAAGAUGUGAUCGCGACCUACCGUACGCUAGAGAUAUCACAAGUACAGUAGAGAUUCAUUCGAGGCUACGCAGACAAGGAUAUCCAGCGCUGAUAUACAGCGGCGACCAUGAUAGCAAGUUUCCCUUCGUUGGCACGCAAGCAUGGAUAAGAUCUCUUAACCUGUCUAUCACAGAUGACUGGAGACCAUGGCCAAGUUGCUGGGGUGCUGGGCAUACUGCUCCAGAGUACAAGCCCAAGGAGUGCCUCGAGAUGUUCGCAAGAUGGCUUUCGGGUGACCCUCUGUGAAUGGCGACCUCCGUUUGGAUGAGCGUGUGUCAGUACGUGUCUGUCGCAUCUAGACAAUAAAUAAGGUUCCUAGGUAGAACCAACAUUGUUUUGCUUGCUUGGAUGUACACUCCUUGCACAAUUUGGUCAUGUUAAGUUGUGCAGCUUUAAAAAAAAUCUGUGUGAGAAAUAAGUCAUAAACCUUAUUACUUCGCUGGGUAAAUCAAGUUAAAUGUACAAUAUUUAUAUUU